AUGACUGUGACAUCCAUUCUAGCAGACGAAUUAAAGCAGCAGCUCAUUAUAGGUUCAGCUGGUUCAUUCAUUGGAAAUUUGGAAACUAUUGCUUUCUUUUCUUUCUUUGAAAGUGAAAACCUGUCAAUUGCAUACUCGUUAUUUACGUGGUGGUAUCCGACAGACAGACAGCAGAGGGCGACAGACAGACAGACAGACAGACAGACAGCAGAGGGCGACAGACAGACAGACAGACAGACAGCAGAGGGCGACAGACAGACAGCAGAGGGCAACAGACAGACAGACAGACAGACAGCAGAGGGCGACAGACAGACAGACAGACAGACAGCAGAGGGCGACAGACAGACAGACAGACAGACAGCAGAGGGCGACAGACAGACAGACAGACAGACAGCAGAGGGCGACAGACAGACAGCAGAGGGCGACAGACAGACAGACAGACAGCAGAGGGCGACAGACAGACAGACAGACAGACAGCAGAGGGCGACAGACAGACAGCAGAGGGCGACAGACAGACAGACAGACAGCAGAGGGCGACAGACAGACAGACAGACAGCAGAGGGCGACAGACAGACAGACAGACAGACAGACAGCAGAGGGCGACAGACAGACAGACAGACAGACAGCAGAGGGCGACAGACAGACAGCAGAGGGCAACAGACAGACAGACAGACAGACAGCAGAGGGCGACAGACGGACAGACAGACAGACAGCAGAGGGCGACAGACAGAUAGACAGACAGACAGCAGAGGGCGACAGGCAGACAGACAGCAGAGGGCGACAGACAGACAGACAGACAGACAGACAGCAGAGGGCGACAGACAGACAGACAGACAGACAGCAGAGGGUGACAGACAGACAGCAGAGGGCGACAGACAGACAGACAGACAGCAGAAGGCGACAGAUAGACAGACAGACAGACAGACAGACAGCAGAGGGCGACAGACACACAGACAGACAGCAGAGGGCGACAGACAGACAGACAGACAGCAGAGGGCGACAGACAGACAGCAGAGGGCGACAGACAGACAGACAGACAGACAGCAGAGGGCGACAGACAGACAGACAGACAGACAGACAGCAGAGGGCGACAGACAGACAGCAGAGGGCGACAGACAGACAGACAGACUUGCUUUUAUCUUUAAAAAUACUUAG